GGCACUUUGAAAGCUUGAAAGCUUGACGCGGCUAGAGCUGACGCGCCAGUGCAACUCAUUUCUAUGUUCCAUAUUCGACUCCCACAUCAAGUUGUAUGGGUUCAUGAUCAUUCUUUCGUUGAUUUUAUUCACCAUAGGCGUCACUCUGUUUCGUGACCGUCCGGAGGCUUCCAGCGCACAAAUCUUCAUCAGUUUCCAUGUCAGACUCUACACUGUACAUAUGUGUCCCUUAAGUCGACUCUUUUGCUGUCUUCCGCGACGGAGGAAACUGCGAUCCUGCACCUCACGUUCAAAUUGCCAACGACGUCGGACGGACGGUGGCGUUACUUUUUCUUGACGGAUAAUCUGCACAUAUCUGAUCCCGCACUACCAUUUCAUGAUCAUCGAUUGUUCCGCACUACAGAACCAUCGUCACCGGUAGCACUCGAGCGGUCUCAACACCAUUCCUCCCAAGUACUGCGCUUCGGACUUGGACCUAUGGCAUUGGCAAACGUCAAACUCAACAGUACUUCGCGCCCCAAAAGACACAAGUUCAACAGGCAUACAUCAUGACAUAGCGCCUAAUAGUAUAGUGAUCAUGGAUAUCAAAUACCCCAAAUUACGAACAGCUUUACGAAUUUCAAUGGUGUUCAAAUAAUACAUACAUAUAUAUGCACUCCUAUCACCAAUGCGGGAACCGUGAGGCGAUGAACGCACUGGAUGGUGAUUAUUUGACACGCACAACUCGUUACGGGUUACGGCAGGUUCACCUUUCACCUAUCCUCCAAAUAUGACCAUAGUCCCAAACGAUCCAACUUGGUGGCUGGUAAUCGAAUCAAAUAGCCUCUGCAGCUAUUUCUUAGUUGCCACCUGUACCACGGUGAUAUACGAUUGGUGUGAGCAUGACAGUAUUAACUAACUACUGGUACCCUUAUCAUAUUUGAAUGGCUCAACCUACGUAAACCGUAGUACGAGUGCAUGGAUUACUUCGACUGAUA